GCGCGUGCCUGUCAAUAAAUGAAAUCAAUAAAAGCACCCCCACACACUUGUUUCGCUUCAAAUGGUACAGCCGUAUUAGUUUGUACAUUAUAUCCCGGAGUCAGGCUCGUCAGGCACACAGUUCUAGCAGGCUGUUUACUAAAUUUGGACCCCAAUAGCACCCCAGCCAUGGCUUGACUUAUAAUUUAAGUUAAGUCUAAGAGGCUCGGUUUAAGUUUGGAGCCGUGAAUCUUGUAACAGGAGGCGGUUAUUCGAGAAUUUGCAACCCGAAAGACCGAAGUGAGGGCAAAAUAACACGCGAACAUGAAGGAGUUGCCUAUAGAGCGUAGUUGGGAAGUUCGAGUCUUUUUACUGAAUCGGUUCACUUAAUCUCGGACGGUAAAUUGAACAAAUCUUUUUUUUUUUUUUGAGUCAUUUUGUUCAUUCAGUAGUGCAGCGCUGUUGUGGGCGAUGUAAACGUGACAAAAGACCGAUCUAUAUGAAUUAAUUAUUUAUUUAUUUUUGCACUUUGAGCUUCUUUUUUAAAAAAAAGUUUGGUACAAUUUGCGUUUUCAUACCAGAUUUUAAGUCACAAACUUUUUGAAAAUCACUGUCAAAACCAAACGAGUUUGGCCCGUUCAUAAGAGAAAUUGUUUAACUGAAUUGUUCCCACACAAAUUGAAUCUUUAGAAAUGUUACUAACUCAUGCAUCAAGUGGCAGAGGUCACAUUUAUAUUUACUGUUGAGCUUGUGGCGAGGGAACCGUGCUGCAUGAAAGUGAACGAAUCACUCACUGAGACUACUCCUGAGUCAUAUAAAAAGAUCAGUUCAAAUUGAACCAUACGUUCACGAACGACACACCAUUGAUAGAGCGCCGUGCUAAAGCUAAACAGCUCUGACAGAGGUCGGUGUGCAGCAGCAGCGGCAGCAGCGGCGGAUGACGACGACGUCUCUCCGGUGACUGAAUGAGAUCAGCAUCCUCGACACUUCCUGUUGGUCUUUAGCUGUCAUCCAUCAAUCCAGCCCCAGCUGCUGACUGUGCACACACAUCCGGAGUCCAUGCAAAGGAUAAAGGGUGGUCUGUCAUCUCUAAAAAACAACAACAACACGAAUCCAAAUCAGAGCCCUCAAGGAUACUGAACUUCUUGAGCUGCAGAGGGUGCAUGCUUGCAUUGACAGCAAUGACCUUAUAAUGGCCCUGGGACCACUUACCUGGAAAAAAAGCAGCAUUUACCUGUCGGCCCUUGUUCUGCAGGUAUUCAGACCAGCUCAGAACCGGUUUGCCAUACAGGAAUGACUCUAUACAGCUCACUGAUCCACAUACUGAUUCAGCUACCUCCUCUGUGCUCCACGGCGAAGGCACGAUAAACUGACGUGUGUUGACGAAAGGUGGUGACGGCUCCCUGUGAUCGCGACCACAAGUGUUUUCUUCCCUAUCCUGCUAAAAAAAAUAAGAAAAUAAAAAUGACAACGACAGAGUGGGGUGAGAAAUCCACAGCGGACCUCAUGAGCAGGUAUGUCCCUAAGGAAAUGGGAUACGGCGUGCCCAAGGAGGGUUGGCGGAUCUGUCUGGCGCACGAGUUCAAGGAGAAGAGGAAGCCCUUUCAAGCCAAGGAUGUCUCGUUGUCCAACGUCCUGCAGCACGUCGGCCUCGGGAUCAGGUAUCUAAAAUGGUGGUACAAGAAGACCAGGGUGGAAAAGAAAGCUCCGUUCAUCGAUAUGUUUGGCGCACAGCCCUUGCGUCAAAUAUACGGCGCUCCACUCGGCGGCAUCGGAGGAGGUACCAUCACGAGAGGUUGGAGGGGGGAAUUCUGCAGAUGGCAGCUAAACCCUGGGAUGUACCACUACAAAACUGUCACAGCAAACCAGUUUACAGUGUGUUUGCGGCGUGGAGGGCAAACCGUUUACCAGCAGGUGCUAUCUGUGGAGCGCCCUCCCACAUUACAAGGCUGGAACUGGGGAUACUGUGGAGAGUACGCCUUCUAUCACUCCUUGUACCCCCGUGCCUGGACCGUCUACCACCUCCCGGGACAGAACGUCACCUUAACCUGCAGACAGGUUUCCCCAGUCAUGCCCCAUGACUAUCAGGACUCCAGUCUCCCGGUGGCAGUCUUUGUAUGGGACAUGGAGAACAAGAACGACUACGCUCUGGAUGUCUCCAUCAUGUUCACUAUGGUCAACGGGUCGGGACACAAGGACGACAAGAGCGGGGGACACUGGAAUGAACCAUUCCACCUGGAGAAGGAGGGGGAGGCCGUGUCUGGGGUCUUGCUACAUCACUGCACUACAGUGAACCCUUACACUCUGAGCAUCGCAGCCCGAGAACAGCCUGACAGGGAAGUCAGUCACCAGACGGCGUUCAGUCCAAAGGGAACCUGCAGCGGCCUGUGGACUGACCUCAUCACUGAUGGGCGACUGGACUCUCCUACAGGAUCCAGCCCGCCGACGCCAAAGGGAGAGAAGGUGGCAGCAGCGCUGGCUGUGGGCUGCUCGGUGGCGGCUCAGGGUCGCAACACCCUCGAGUUCUGCCUGGCCUGGGACAUGCCCAUAAUAACCUUCGGCUCUAGGGAGAGGGAACACAUCAGGAGAUACACUCGUUACUUUGGGACCAAAGGGGAUGCGUCCCCCUCGCUCAGUCACUACGCCCUAACACACUACAGAGAGUGGGAGAGGAGGAUCGAGGAGUGGCAAAGACCUAUACUACAGGACAGCACUCUCCCCUCCUGGUAUAAGUCCGCUCUGUUUAACGAGUUGUACUUUGUGGUGGAUGGAGGGACGGUGUGGACGGAGCUACCAGAGGACGCUGAUGUCAGCGGUGGCGUGCGCAGUGAGGACGGCGGGCUGCCAGCUCAGCCUGCUGUUGUCAAGGAGUACGGCCGAUUUGCGUACCUAGAAGGUCAGGAGUACAGAAUGUACAACACGUACGACGUUCACUUCUAUGCUUCCUUUGCACUCAUCAUGCUGUGGCCCAAACUUGCCUUGAGUGUGCAAUAUGAGAUCGCUGGCAGCGUGGUUCACCAUGACCCAACAGAGAGGCUCCAUCUCAUGAGUGGGCUGUAUUCUCCUGUCAAGGCCAAAAACGUGGUGCCGCACGACAUCGGAGACCCGGAUGAUGAGCCGUGGCAGAGGGUGAACGCCUACCUCAUCCACGACACAGCAGACUGGAAAGACCUGAACCUGAAGUUUGUCCUGCAGGUCUACAGGGACUUUCAUCUCACCCAGGACAGACAGUACCUGCGGGACAUGUGGCCCAUUUGCCAGGCGGUGAUAGCAUCAGAGCUGAAGUUUGACCUUGAUGGAGAUGGACUGAUAGAGAACUCGGGAUAUGCUGACCAGACGUAUGAUGGUUGGGCAGUAACUGGACCAAGCGCGUACUGUGGCGGGCUGUGGUUGGCGUCCCUGUGUGUGAUGUGUAAGAUGGCCAAACUGGUGGACAACGAGGAGACAUACCAGCAUUACAAAGACAUCUUGGACAGGGGCAGUGCUGCUUUCGACAAACUGCUGUGGAACGGCAAGUACUACAACUAUGACAGCAGUGGGAGAGACCUUUCUAAUAGUGUCAUGUCAGACCAGUGCGCCGGUCACUGGUUCCUGAGAGCGUCUGGGUUGGAGGACUACCAGGCUUUUCCAAAAGAAAAAAUCCAGAGCGCACUAAAAUCUGUCUUCGACUUGAAUGUUAUGAGCUUCGCUGGAGGCCAGAUGGGGGCAGUUAACGGCAUGCGUCCCGAAGGAGUGCCCGACCGCUCUAGUGUCCAGUCAGACGAGGUCUGGAUCGGGGUGGUGUAUGGACUGGCAGCCACGAUGAUCCAUGAAGGUAUGAAGGAGGAGGGUAUGCGCACGGCGGAGGGUUGCUAUCGGACUGUGUGGGAGAAGCUGGGAAUGGCCUUCCAGACUCCUGAAGCCUACUGUGAGAAGGGCAUCUACCGCUCUCUAGCAUACAUGAGGCCUCUUAGUAUCUGGGCCAUGCAGCUAGCCUUGAACACUUCACAAAAGGAUAAGACCACAGACAGGCAGGAUUUGAGAGAAAACCAGAGCUAGGACUUAGCCAACAGACUGGUGCGAUUGGGAAGGUACAACGAGUUCCUCUGAAAACGAUCUCCAAACACUGCAGACACCACCCCUAUCUGCAGGGCUCCGUUUCAUCCGUGCCGUUUUGCUUCAGGUGUUUAGACGUUUGAGGUUUGAGGUCGGGACUAAGAUGGUUUACGCUUGACAAAGUCAUUAGCUACUGUUGUAUCAUGAUAUUACAUGGAUUAAAGAAAAAAAAAUCUUCUGACUGAAUUUUUUUAGCGUUGCAGCCAAGUAUAUUCUGGUUUGAAAUUUGUGAAACGUUAGGUUACUUGCUGAAGAAAGAACGCAAUGAAUAAGAAUUCAGCAGCACUCCACACAUAACCAUGUUCUCCAACAAGUUAAAAUACUUGACCAAUUUUGUUUGAUUUGAACAGCUGAUCUACUCUUUUCUUUUUUUGUCUUUUCAAUGCAUGAAUCUAUAAAAAGAAAACUUUUUUUUUUUUUUGCAGGGCCUGUCUCAUGAUUUACUGUUUCAAAGAAUCACCUAUCUACAAAACUUUUCUCUACAUGUCUUAUUUUUCUCCUUAUUGUUUCUGGUGAGCCUCUUAUCAUUUAAUAGAAAAAUACAUCAAACAAACAGCACCAGGAUUAAAUAACAAUAAGUGCAACUUUUGCAGCCUUGUGACAAGUUUCAACACCUUUCUGCUAUCACUACCAUACUGUUGAUAAUAAAAGGGAAGCUUUGAAGCUUGACAUUUGUUAUAUAUGUUAGCACUGAGGUAAAAAACGGUUAUAGUCAUGAUUUUGUACUGUAAUACUAACCAAAAACUUGUGUAAAAGCUGUAAACAAUACCACUGGAUGAAAAUCGAUAGUAUCGACAUGCCAUUAUAGAGUUUUUCAAUAGACUGCAAAUGGUUGCAAAUCAUUGUUGUUUUUUUUAAGCCGUGCAGUGUAGGGUGGAUCCCGGGAAAUGUCAAAAUUAUAGCUAGUGUGUUUGUUAAUUUAAAAGUUGACUGUCUUGUCUGUUUGCACGCAUGUACACACACAUGCAAGCACUACAUUUUACAAUCAUGUCAGUAAUAUUGUUUGCAUACGUGGAACGAGUUUAUAUGCUAACUAUUUAAGGACUGUUGUGUCAUUAUACCAGCUAUAUGUAGUCAUUAUUGUCCAUCAGUGGGCCGUCAAUCAUGAUUUGUUGAUUAAAAAAUAGACACUUUCUCUUUCUUUUUCCUCCACUUAAAUUUGAAUGCUGUACUAAGUGAUGUAAUAUGAGAUGAGUAGUGUUUGAAAUGAAGAAAUGGUGUUUUUUUUUUUAAAAUAGCAAUUUGGUGCCUUGUUGCAUGUUGGCCUAUAUCUACAGUAUAUUAAUGUAGUGGCAACAUUUACUAUGUUUUAUAAAAUCCAGUACUCAUGACAAUCAUGCUGAAUAAAGGACGAUACAACAACA